CUGGCAACAGCUGGACCUUGAAGCGAUUCUGUGCUCCACACGUUACCCGGAGCGAGCAAAAAAAUGUCUCAAUUUUCUCUCUCCACUGUCUCCCUUCCUCCUCCGUCGUCGUCGUCGUCGACGUCAUCUGCUCUGCAGGUUUGCAACCAGAGAAUCUUUUUUCGCUCUUUCGGAGUUCAAGAUUGUUAUCGUUUUUCUUCUUCGUCUUCGUGUUCGAAGCCGAAAGUAGUGGUCACCAGAGAACGAGGGAAGAACGGCAAGCUCAUCAAUGCUUUGGCCAAACAUGGGAUCAACUGUUUGGAGCUUCCCCUCAUUCAGCACAUGAAGUUGCCUGAUUUGGAUAGGCUUUGUUCAGUGUUAAGUGACACUGCAUUUGACUGGAUCAUCAUAACUUCACCUGAAGCGGGUUCGGUUUUUCUUGACGCUUGGAAAGCUGCUGGAACCCCGAAUGUUAAAGUAGGUGUGGUGGGAGCUGGUACAGCUAGCAUAUUUGAGGAAGUUGCACAGUCGUCAAAGCAAUACCUCGAUAUUGCGUUUGCGCCAUCAAAAGCGAUCGGUAAGGUUCUGGCUUCAGAGCUUCCAAAGCAUGGGAAUAAAAAAUCCACCGUCUUAUAUCCUGCUUCUGCAAAAGCUAGCAGUGAGAUCGAGGAAGGCCUUUCUAGGCGUGGAUUUGAGGUCACAAGACUUAAUACAUACAACACGGUACCUGUCCAUCUUGUGGAUGAGAUGGUUCUUGAACAAGCACUUUCUGCUCCUGUUGUUGCUGUAGCGUCACCUUCUGCCAUUCGUGUCUGGGUUAAUCUUAUUUCGGAAUCAAAAUGCUGGGACAAUUCGGUUGCAUGUAUCGGUGAGACAACUGCUCUAGCUGCUCAAAGUUUGGGAUUAAGAAAUGUAUACUAUCCAACAAACCCUGGUCUUGAAGGGUGGGUUGAUAGUAUUAUUGAAGCCUUAAAAGUCCAUGAUCAAUUUCAGUAGGUUUAAGAGUUGUCUAUUGACACAGUCUUGUUUUUUCCCAGGUUUUAAGCAGAGGGUAGAGUAUAUAAAUGUCUAUCCCCGUGUAAAUUUGUAGAAAUAAGGAUGAGAAGUCUGGAAACAUCAGGAUAUGAAGAUGUCAAGAUGUUUGUCAUUACGGAGUAAUGAUGUAUAUUUGGUGGGAGACAAAGAUGUCAAGAUGUUUGUCAUUGCGGAGUAAUCAUGUACAUUUGGCAGAGCUUUCUGUGAGGUAAGCAAAGAGGAUAUUAAGAGAUGAUGCUUUGUAAAUUCAUGUUCUCAAAUUGUUUAUACAUCUUUCAUGCCAUAAAUGUCUCAUAUUUUGUACCAAAUUCUAAUAACAGUACAACUUGUUUGACAAAGUACCCUUGAUGAAACAAUUGACUAGCACUAAGUGGAUAAAUUUUUACCUAGC